CAGAGAUAGUGGAAUAGCGGACGUGGCACAACCUCACACAGAUACGGCAGCUCUUACUCAUCCAGUUGCGACUCAAUGGCUGAAUCGCCCUCGUCUGGUGGUGUUCUCGUCAUGCAGUUUGUAUUUCGUUCUCGGGGCGAUCUGGGUCUCUCAAUUGGUCUCUCCCGCAUCAACACGAUGAGUCAGCGCGUGAAGGCGAAGGGCGGGCAGGUCAUCCAGGACAUCACCAGCACUUUCAGAGACGAGGAGGGCCGGGAGGUGAAGGAACUCAACCCCGCUAUCACACACAUCGUCGUGGCCAAGACACUCAGCAGACAGGUCAGGUGCGCUGACUGAAUGAUAAUGGAUUUUAUCUCUGUUUGGCCUGUGUGUGACGUGUGUGCCUUCAGGGGUUUCUUCGUUUUCUCCACGACAGUUCCCUGACAGAGGAGUCCAUCAGCGCUGGUCGGGCCAAGGUGGUGCGUGACGAGUGGAUGACCAAGUCAUCUCAGACGGGCAAACGACAAAACGAUGAAGGUAGGUAGAUCAGAUCCCAUGGAAAGAGUGAAUCUUCACAUGCAACAGUCUGCGUUGUGUGUUCAGCCUACCUGUAUCAGUUCAACGAGAGCGCGCCAAGUGCGCCCUCGUCCACCUCUAGAUCUGCUGCGGCCAGUGGUGGCUCCGACAGCCACACUACUCUCCCUCCCCCUCUCCCUCAGCCGACGGCUGUGUGCUGAGAUCUGUCUGUGGUCCUUUGGCGUCCACUUUGCCUUAAUUGUCAGCUGAGGUCGGCGACACAGACGCACACACACGUGGCGAGUCAGUCAGGUCAGUCAGUGAGUCAGUGAGGGACGCCUCGAGCAUCGCCAUGCAUGAUGUGAGACGGCCGCUCUGCUCUGUGUGCUGUGCUGCAGAUGUCUGUCUGUCUGUCUAUCUGUCUGUUGAGUGAGUGAGUGAGUGAGUGGGGCCGUCCGUCAUGACGACAGACAGACACUGCUGCAGCUGAGGGCGCCGAGGUGACUUGCCGCUGACUGCACUCGAAACCGCAGCGGUGCGCAGGCAGACACACACACACAGACACACACACACACACACAGAGAUGGCAUGGAUGUGACACACAACAGGAGAGAAUCAGCCGGCUGUCUGUCUGUCUGUCUGUCUGUCUGUGUGUCUGUGUGUGUGGUUUGUGUGGCGUGCAGGUGUGGUUGGCUGGCGGGUUUGACGACUGACGAUGGCCGCUGAGUGCUGCUCGUCUGUGUCUGUGUGUCUGUGUGUGUGUGUGUGAUGUGUCGGCCGAUGUGUCGACGACUGACUGACUCGAUCUGCUGAAUCGCUUUGUGUCUCUCGUGGGUUGGCCGCCCUUUGUGUGUCGCGGGGGGGUCUUUGUUGUGCCGUGUCGGAUUGUGGGGAUGGCCGCCGUGGUUUGUAUGUGAGCUUGGGAGUCUGGCUGGAGGAAGGUGCAUUGUCACAUCUAUCUCGUGGGGCUUUCUACAUACUGGGUGUGUGAUGGGAGAGAGAGAGAUGGCACAAUUGAGGGAGAGACAGAGUGAUUUGGUUCGGUGCUGUGGUGCUGCGAUGUGCUGUUCCUGCGUGUGUCGGUGCGCUGGCUGUCUCGUGCCCGGCGGACACAGCACACAGUGAGCGUUGAUCAUCACUCUCUGCGUGCGGUGGCCGUGUGCACACAAAGGAAAGACAAAGGCACAACUUUGACUCAUACGGGUUGUGUCAACGACUGGUCUGGUGCGAAGGCGAGGCCCAAAGGGCCGAGCCGAGCAACGACCAGCCAGAGAUUGACUCAAAUGCGGAGGGCACCGAAGGUGCCCGAAGCGCCGACGGCAGGUCAGUCAAUGUGAGUGAUUCAUGAGUGGUGGAGCGAGGGAUGCGCGAAGCGCAGACCGACGCGGAGACACACCACUGCAAGGGAUGGAGGGAUGGAUGCAUGCAGGUGACUGUCUGUCUGUGUGUCUUUUGUCUAGGUGAGUGAUGAUGUUGGUGUGUUGGUGUGCUCAGCUCACUUCGUAGGUUUCCCUGUCCUUGAGGAUCUUGAUGUUCUCGAUCUCACCUGAACACACACAUCGAUGGAAGAAGGAAUGGCGCAUCGCGCGCAUCAAUCCACACCACCACCCCCAUCCUCUUCCACACUGGCUGCUGUAUAUGUGUGAGAGGGGGUGGCUGUUCCACACUGGCUGCUGUAUAUGUGUGAGAGGGGGUGGCUGUCGUGUGUUGGUCGGCCUUUUCUCUCUGUGUGGACUGUGUGGGGUUUUGCGUGUUGGCCGUCUGCUGCCGUGAGUGUGUGGGCCGUGAGUGUGGUGGCCUGGGGAAAUAUGACAGACAGCCAGACAGACAGAGAGAGAAGGGGACGAUUGGCUGCACAGAGAGUCGCUGUGUGGGGCGGUGUUUGGGCUGCCGUCUGUCUGUGUGUGGUGUUUGUGUGACGCCUGUUCGCGAGAGUGUGUUGCUCUCUCGUCGGUGCAUCCGUUACACACGGGCGGCUCACAGACAGACAGGCAGGCCGACACCAGAGAGAGAGAAAUCUGUCGCGUCAUGCAUGAGGUGUCUGGUCUUCGCCUGCAUGAAUGUCUGCAUCUCGUGUGGUGUUGGUGCUUUGGGGUUGCCGGGCGUUGACAGAAGUGACCACAGAGGCAAACGGACAGACACGCGACACGGAGAGAGAGAGAGCUCUGUUUGGUUCCCUUUGGUGUGCAUCGUGUGUUGGUGUGCUGGCUGUCACACGCUUCUCGGACACAGCACACAGUGAGUGUCCUUUCUCACUCUCUGUGUGCCGUAGCCGUCGAGCAUCUGACAGGCAGACACUGUCCACACAAAGGAAGAGAGACUGUUCCCUAUCUAUCUUUCUGGUUUGGUACCGUAGUAUUUUCCUCUCCUCACUAACCUGUCUGGUAGAGUGGCAGCGUCUUACUGUGUCUGUUUUACGCCUGGGAGAUUCAGUGCAUGGACUCACUCGAAUCUCCCUGUCAAUGAUGAUGGAUAACGCUUCGCUAGAAAAGGGAGGGAAGGCCCCCCCCCAGCGUCGCAGCGGCGCAAUAGCACGGAACAAUAGGAAAUGACGUUGAGAAUCGGAGUUAGAGUCUCGUUAAACGACUCCUGCGGCCCAAAGGGCGAGAAGGCCUCGCGCCCUGGGCGAGAGACGAACGGCCUAAAGGGCGAGAGCUAAGACCCAAGGGCGAGCCGAUUGGCCAUUACGAUAUAUUCCGAUCACCCCGAAGGACAGAAUUGCCGAUUUGUUGAUCUUUUCGGUACUUGUCGAUUUUUCACCGAUUCCAGCCAUCCUCAUCCCUUCAGUGACUCGUACCUAACGACUGUGAAGCUGCCUGCUUGAUUGCUCAAGAAGGAAGUCAAACCAACCAAGCCCAAGGAGUCAAGGCGCGCCACGAAGCAGACGGAGAGCCGUGUUGCCGAGGUUGCUGGCCUCAGCAGUUGUCGUGAGUGAGUGAGUGAGUGUGUGUAUCAGUCGUGUCAGAGCCUGCCGUCGUCAGCAGGUGUGGUGCAGUGCCGUGUGUGACUGCUUGUGACCUUGUGAGACCUUCUUCGUGUGCGUGUGCCUGUCGUUGAAUCGUGAGUGUCUCCCAUCGAGAAGUGUCGUCAGUAGAACAUUGAGUAGGCGCUAUCUCAAUAGCGUGAACCGAACCCCACCCCUUAACAUGUUUGUCUGAAAUGGUG